CGCCCCCAGAUUUGACGCGCCCCCCUGAAGGCGCCAUGAGCUUUUUCCGACUCCUGAUGAAAAAGAAGGAACUUAUUCCUCUGGCUCUGAUUAUGACCGUCGCAGCGAGCGGAGCCUCCUCUUUCGCUGUCUACUCCCUCCGAAAAUCCGAUGUGAUCACUGAUAGAAAAAAUAAUCCAGAACCUUGGGAGACUGUGGAUCCUACUGUACCGCAAAAGCUAAUAACAGUCAACCAACAAUGGAAGCCCAUUGAAGAGCUGCAGAAGGCCAGAAAGGCGACCAAAUGACCAGCUAUGGUUCCUGUCUUCCAAAGACUGUUCUGUGAAUCCAGGGGAAACACUUCCGCUGCACAAGCUAGGUUACAGAAACCAGUGUUCGGGAAGGCUUCUGCUACAUUUUUAGGGUGUCACCUACAUUUUAGACUUUGAAUAAGCAGUUCAAGGUAGUGUAGCAAGAACCACCUGGUCCAAAAUGAAAUUCCUGUGUUUAUUUUUCUUGUUGUAAAUUUGAAUUUUGCAUAUUGAAAGUUUUUGAUGCCUGAGUGUUUUCCUUGAAAUGUGUAAAGAUUUAUAAAUCAGAUUGUCAUAUUAAUAAAAUACCAUUUGUGCAA